CAAAAGACAGGAGUUUAUGCUGAUCGGCGUGAAAAUCGAAUCGAAUGUUCUUAUCAACGAUUUCACAUGGACAGAGAGUUAUUGAUGUUUGCUGCUACAGUGGUGGUUUUGCCCUAAAUGCUGCAAAAGGAGGUGCUAUGAGUAUUACCGGUGUUGAUACCUCGUUGCCGGUGCUAGAGCUAGCCAGAGAAAAUAUUGUUCUUAACAACAUGGACCCUGGAAAGACAUCCUUUUUGAGAGAAGAUGCAACUGUAUUUAUGAGGAGUGCUGAAUCAUGGGAUAUAGUUGUUCUUGAUCCUCCAAAACUUGCACCAAGCAGAAAGGUUCUCCAAAGUGCUUCAGGCAUGUACAGAAAGCUAAACUCAUUAGCUAUGAAAAUAACUAGAAGAGGUGGCCUUCUCAUGACCUGCUCUUGUUCAGGAGCAAUGACUCAAAAUGGGAUGUUCUUGCGUACACUUCAGGUAAGUGAUUUUUCUGUAUCCUGUUCUUUCUGCGACUAUUCUCAUUGCCUUAUUAGUAUGUUACUGAUACCUUAAAAAUGCACUUUCAUCCUCUUGAGGAUAGGCGAUGCAGGUCUUCCGCUUUAUCUUUUUCUCUCUACCUUUUUUUCUCUUUUG